AUGAUCGAACGAUCAUCAAUUAACUCAGUUCCAAAUGAAAAUUCCGCUCAAGUUCAUAAUGAUGAAGCCUCGGUAUCUUGUAUUCAACUACAGCAGAAAUUGACUGUCUUCGAGAAUGGUAGCUUGAGUGAUAAACUUAGUUCUUUCUGAUUUGCAAUUAUGAAGAAGCAACCAAACAACUGUUUUAUUUUGCAGGGGAGAGAGUCAAGAUCAGGAUUGCUAUUGGAUUCGCUGCCAUCUGUGCUGUGCUUUUAUUAGCAAUAUUUAUAAUAUUGUUGUAUAAGGUGCUAUGGUUCCGAUCCAAGACCGGAACUAAGACCGACGUCGCCAGAAAACCGUCGUCAAAUAGUGCACCAGUGCGACGUGCGUCAAGCCCGGACGACCAAGACUUUAAAAAGGGUCGCCGACAACGUCGGCAUCAACCUCUGAUGAGAUCGGACAGCUCUGUGUCCGAAAUCGACUUCGAUUCGUGGUUGCAUAAAAACAACAACCGAAUGUCUGCUAAUGAAUCAGACAGCAGCGAAGAAAGUCUUAAACUUGGAAAGUUGGAGUUUAACAUAAACUACGAUACUGAUAAGGAAUGUUUACGAGUGUUGGUGUUAGCGGCGUACGGUUUGCCGACUAUUCACAGUACGAGCUACGUGGAAUUGUACUUGCUACCCGACAGAGUUGAAAAGCACCAGACUAAAGUACACUACUCUAAUUGCAAUCCUUUUUUCAAUGAAGAAUUCGUGUUUGAUAUCGCGUUUUCGGAACUUGCUGAGCGCACCUUACAGUGCUGUGUGUUUAGUUACGAUGGAUUUUCGCGACAUCAAUCCCUAGGGGAAGUUUUUUAUUCGUUUGGCGAGAAUGAUCAUUUGAGUGAGUACGGAGGAGUAGCAUUAUGCAAAGAGAUCAUGAGAGAUGCGUCUCUGUUAAAGGUGAGAUGUUCAUUUUGUUAGCUCAUUUUUAUGGCCAGUCUUGAAGCUAAUAUCUAAAGCAAACAAACUGAAGUUAGGCGCCUACGUACUGACAGCCCCACCCUACUGAUAAAAAUAGGACCAAUUUUCUGUGUGGAUGUUGGCUUCAUUAGUCUAAUUCAUAAUAACACCUCCAUGGUAAAAACCCGGGAGCGAUAUGUUUUUUUUAAUCGUGUUGUCACUGAGUUGGGACGUAAAGUGUCCGAGUUGUGGUUUGUUUGUGGUUCGCACCAUAAUACGAGCAGAAAUUUUCGAGAACUGAAGUUUCUGUAACUCCAUUAACUAUGCUUUUUUCUUCGCAGUAUCGAACUUUUCUUCUUUUUCAUUGAAAAAAAGUCUGUUCAAGUGUUGCUCAUUUUCGUUACACUGAUUUUAUUCUUCUUUCCAUACCAAGGAGGAUAGUCCAUCCCGUGCAGGGGAGGUGCUAGUGUCACUUUGUUACCUUCCCACCACCAACAGACUCACAUUUGUUGUCCUAAAAGCGAGGCUUUCGAAAACUUCAUUUCCAAAUGAUUUGCCACGUGAGUACAAUUUGUAUUUCAGUUGGAAAAAGAUUAGUGUUUGAUUUAAAAGAGUAGUCUUCUCUGCUGUUCGAGCACGCUAGAAUUUGAAUUGAAAACUGACUAUAUUUAUUGAAGUGCAGGGCUGUCACAAAAAUGCAAUUAUUCACACAGGACAACGCACCGUGCGCGAUUGCAUUCAUGGAGCUUAAACUCGUUUCCACAAUUUCCCUUCAGCUCGGGAGCGAGGUGGUUCAGACUCCAGUUAAGACAGAACGCGAAGGAAACCUUGGUAAAGUUUCCGUACAGCCCCAUACAAUUGUAAAACAAAUCUGUUUUCCCAAUGGAAACGUAUUGUUUUUGUCACUGUUUCUCUAUUCAAGAACUGAAUGUAUAAUGUAGUAUCGGGCUGUGCGGAAAUUUUACCGAAACCUUUUUUCUUCGAUUAGAGGAAAGUCUUUGGCUAUUUUAGCAUAUAAUUCAAAAUAAAAUGGUUUUCUCCGUGCAAAGUUAAUGGAUUGUUAAAAGGUAGAGACAGUAAUUUAAAUUUUAAAUAGUGUCUUGUCAGAUCUAUACAGGUAUUAAUUCUUCGCCACAGGUCUUUUGUUCGACGGAAUUCAUGCGUGCUUCGCUGGUUCAAACAAAUUUAACGAUUUCGUUCUCUGUUCGAGCUGUUUGUUAACCUGCUUGCAAUUAUCUUCCAAAGUCAGGGAACUGCCUUUGUAUGCAGAAUUAAGUACUAAUGGAACUCCGCUCAGCUGGAGUGUUCAAUUUGUGAAGUGACUUUUUUUUUUUAAUUUUUUGUAACCCCUAAAGCUUUCCCCAAAGCCAAUAAGCCUCUGUUUACAAGAAAUUUAUUCGAGUUUCAAAUCAUUACCACGAAUUUACACCUGCAAAUUAAGUAAAGAAAAAAAAACCAGCUGUGGACUUGCAAAAGAGGCUUUGAGCUUAACUGUUUCUGUGCAAGAUUCUUCAUUUAUAUAGGUCUUCAUUAUGUCCUGUCUUCAUCAAUAUACAACACCUUCAGGGAAAAUAAUAGCAAACAAAAUCCACAUCACGUAGACAUCUCAAAUUUUAUUUUUCUAGUCUACUGAUUUCUUUCUGAGCUGAAUAUUUGCAUUAAAGAAUAAUUAGUCUCUUUUUAUUUGGCAUUUGUGGAUGCUGUGGCCAUAAAAGAAUCUAUUAUUUUACACUUCAAAUAGCAGCCACUUUCAGGAACCGUUCUGAACCGUUCUGAAUCGUGUAGAACUUUCAGUAUUGUAAUCUUUAAAAUAAAUGUAAUUGAUCUCUUUACACCGUAUUACGUAUUGAAAUCUCCAUAUCUUAAAAAUAACUUCUGCCGGUUCUCCUCACUGUCGGUCAUGUUAAUAUUUUGUUGUGUUCUAUGAAAAUUAAGUAAUAUCCGAAAUAAUUAUUUUAUUGGCCGGUCGUACUGGAUUCUUUUUCCUUAAAUUUCUUAAAUAAGGAUUUCAAAAAGAUUCUCUCUCUGCAUCAAAUGUUUCGCUUUUCAGCACAACAUGAACUGGAACUGAAAAUUGCUUUCAGUUCAUUUGUCAGUUGCGGCAGUAGAUUCGGUGUUCUCCGUUGGCCCUAAUUUCUGUCGAACACUGUCCCUUAUAAACUGCAAUGCGUCUGUGCUUUGUGUCAUGAAUUUGUCUAACAGAGUCAAAUUACCACGACUGCCUGAUUUCGAAGGCAAAUGUGACACGUUUCGCUUUCUGUAAUUUUGUGAAUGUGUUAAAUCUGAAGUAGAUUGGGUUCGCCUGCCCGUAAAAGGCGAUGUUCGCUUUGCCAACCCUUCGGUGGUUUCAACUCGAAUGUCCCACUGACUUGCUGCUGUUGAAGUUGGAAACCGGCUUGAUCUCAAACGAUUCGUUUGCUGCCUUGAGUGUUCUCCGUUAACUCUCGAGCUACUCCUCGAAAAGAGUUUAAAGUCAAGUUGUGCCACCUCCGGCAGCCGUGUAUAUUCCGACAACAAUUGCGCAUCGUCGUCAUCAUGUGAUGGCUUUCCGUUCAAAACGCGUUCGGAGCGCAAAGCUAUCAACAAGGCUUGUUUUUGAGCCUGAGACUGGCGAAGCUGUGACUUGACCAGCUUAAUCUCCGAUUGUAGUUCACUUUGCCUGGUUCUCAUAUCGGUUACUGUGUCUUCCAACGUUUCAAUGAAUGCGCGGCUCUCCUCAAGACUGUCAUAAGGUCCGGGCGGAUCGUCGAAGCAGAAGAACUCCGCCGCCGGUUGCGAGGUAAUAACUUCCUGCCUUAUUAACACAUUAUCGAUGUACUCUUGCAAACCUUGUUUUCUCAUUUCUAUGAAAGAAGGGUCAAAAUUAUCGCCCCAAUAUUUUUUAGGCGGAAGGGUAGCGUGAAAAUCCGUGAAUAACUUUCUUAAUGCUUCGUCCAUACGGACAAAAUCGGAAUAUCUUCGGAAAACAUGCCAAUUUCGCUCGCCUCCAAGUUGGACAAAGAUCUGAUAAACUGUGAAUCUCUUUCUCGCUUCCACCACUUCAUAACCAACAAUCGGCGCAUGAAUAUCAAUUUCCUCGAUCGGUUGGAAAGACUCAAAUGUAUUUCCGUUGUCCUCUGAAUCGUUGGAUGUUUUUUCAGCCAUAUGCGCUGUACAGAUAUUUAACACUCCAUCUGUACUUUGAACCAAAUACAAAUUUCAAAACCUUAAUAUUUCGGUUUCCAUCGGUAUUUAAAAAACUUACUGUACUUCGUGUGUUGCGUUACCUUUGAAUAAACACCUCUUUAAAUUACGAAAGGAAAAUAAUCGGAUGUGUUUUCAUUCUGAAUUCAGAAUAUUUACUCAUCGACAGCCCAAUUUCCAAUUCAAAUUAGAUUUGGAUGUGCUUGGAUACGCCUCGCGAAACAGCAAACAAUACGCACUCGUGGUAGUUGUUAUGUCAAGCCGUUCAUAAUGUUUUCAUAGUUUUCGAUAGAAAACUAGAAAAUUCUGAAUGAAUGACAAAAGCAGAUUUCACAAUUUCUCCGUUAGCAGAAUUUUACAAUAUAUUCUUUAUUACAAGAGCAAAUUGUUUUAGUGCAAAGUGUAUGGAUUUUAUUAUCAGUAUUAUAUUUAACUUAUUGGCCAAAUCCCAUGCAAAAGCUCUUGGCGACAUUUGCUUUUAAAGUAAAACUUUUUUUUUACAAUUUUUUAGCGUAAGGGCUAAAUACAGAGAAACAACAAUAAAAAUGGUCUCGACAAUUUUAAAAAAUAUUAUUUGCCAAAUAACGAUCUGCUUCUGACGAUGCCAAAAGAAUAUCCACUCUAAAUAUUGUUUAACCUUAACAUAAAUCGCCCUUUGUCAAUAUUUACUCAAUUUAAAUUGCUAUGGACACAAUAUGAGCCAAAGGCCAAUACAAUGCACUGCAAUGCGCCAAGAAGAACAAGAAAUAAAAACUUUUACAAAAAUAUGUAGCUGCUUAAAGACCUUGAAAGAGUUUGCUGAAGCUGCUCAAGUGAACUUUUUUUAUGUUCGCUAAUUCUGACAAAUUAAAAUAAUCAGUCGAGGAACAGAUUUUUAGAUGUAAACGACAACAAACCAAGCAAGUUGAUUCUCGAGCGUUGUGAAUGACACUUAUAUCAGUUGGAGCAAACUUGAAUUGGGUCGGCCUAUGAUUUUCAAGUUUAAUUUUCCAAUGGCAUUGAUGAGAGAGCGUUCUCCAAAACGAAAAUAAUCGCCAGAAACAUCCAGUUAUAACAAAGGCCAGUUUCACAAGGGCCAAUGAGAACUGCAUGAAGCUGAAGCGCGGGAAAAACGCGAGUGACCAGGUCGUACUUGAUGUUAGUUUUAAAUGUGAUUGGUUGAAAAUGUGACACGAGUAUUCUAGACCAAUCAGAGAGAACAAUGAAGCAAAAGUCAACCAAUAUCAACAACUUUCGACAGUCAUUUAGAAAUGCUAUAAAGAUGUUAGAUUACAGCUGCUGACUGCGCACCAAGUCUCUUGCUUAGUUAGAGAGAGAGAAAAGACUAACGGAUUCUUUAAUUACCGUCCUGCAAUACUAUGAGUCAGGUUAAGAUGUUAGCACAUCUUCAAGUGUCUCAAGGGAAUUAUGGCUUUUUCAGCUAACAUUUUCAGCUAACGAUUAACACUAACUUUUUUUAACGACUAACGGUAAAAAUUUGACAAUUUUAACGCCAAACGGCUAAAUUCUUUUGGAUGUUUUACGUCUAACGGUUAACCCCAUCGAGAGCCUCUUUGUACGCUGGCCAUUUUCAUUUGAUGACAUAUGAAAUAUUUGUUUCCAUCCUUUAUCUUCUUUUUUUUUCUUUAGAUCCAUUUGUCAAAGUUUCAUUGAUGUUGAGCGGUCGACAAUUAAAGAAAACAAAGACCUCUGUGGCCAAAAACACCUUAGCUCCGGUGUACAACGAGGCAUUUGUAUUUGACGUCCCAAUCGAUCGCCUGAGUGAUGUUAGCUUGCUAGUGCGCAUGCUCGACACUAACACAGAGGACGGAAGGCGACCGCAAACCAAAACCAUUGGCAAGGCGAUCGUGGGACCGGAUGCACAGACAAGUAUUGGCUUACAUCAUUGGAACUGUAUGAUGACAACUCCGAGGAAACCCAUCGCUCAGUGGCAUCCACUGGUUAAGACUUGAGGUGGAUGACUUUUAACGGAUUGGUGAUGUAGCUCUCGAGGUCGCCACUGAACGGAGGGAUCCAUUUUAAGAUAUUCCUAUAUCUCAAUUAAUUCGGUUGAAUUUCGUCAGAGAUAUAACAACACCUAUAGCAAAGGUAUUUAACCUUAUCAAUUUCAAGGGUCAUCCGUCGUAGACUUACAAGAUUCCAUAUUUUUACAGUAAUGUUUUGUUCACACAGUAACGAUACGAUAAAGGGUUUAAAAUAUAAAUGAAAUUAAAAUUAAGUUCAGGGGAUUUUUUUUUAAUCAAUCCAAGAACUAUUCAACUGCACUACGUAGAGAGCAAAUAACGUGCGGAUCGGGUACAAAUAUCACACGAUAUUUGAACAGUUAGUUACUUUGUACUGUUAAAAAAAAACUCGUUUAACUAGUCGGCUGCGCGUGCUUCGCUUCUCCGUCUGCUUUGCCUUUUCUUGACAUGUAAGAAUUGCAUGUCGAAUAAAGCAGUACCUUUUUAAAUCGAGUAUUAAAAUAAGAAGUUUUAUAUUCAUUAGACGAACACCAAGGUUUUCGUAAACUUGAAGUAGUAACUUGUUCAAAAAGUCAUGGUAAGAAAACAAUAUUGCUGAGCUUUUGCCGAGGAAGGUGAAACAGAAAGUGGAUUAUUAACGUAAUAUUUGUUUGCUUUAUAUGAACCGCUUCACGCUAAAAAUUAACCCUUUCAUUCCCAAUUGUGACCAAUAAGUGAUUUUUUCCCCUCAAAAUAAAAAAGGUGACGAGAAGAAAGAAUGUGUUCAAACACCAAACUCUGAGUUAAAAUUAUGAGAAAUCUAUGGCAAAGAGUGUAGAGAUUGAGAUUGGUUUACGAAUUACUGCAACAAUUAUGAGAAGUGUGACAUGAUUAGGAAUCGGUCAAGUAUGUAGUGAAGUCUACGGUUAUGGUUGUAUUUCACCCGUCUGGUAGUUUUUUUUGUAUGAAAAUUUUAUUUUGGG